AACGCAUUGGGAGUAAUAGAAGAAGAUUUGUGGAUGAUAAUCACCACCACACCAUAGUCUCUCUCUCUCUCUCUCUCGCGCGCAUAGAUAGAUAUAUAGAGAGAAUCCCGGUCAGGUAAAACUGGAUGCCUAUCUCUCUAAUAAUGGAGUGUUGUUGUUCACCUCGUACUGCCUUAUUAUUCAAGAAAAGCCUUCCUCCUCCUCCUCCUCCUCCUCCUAAUUCCAUCUAUCUACACGCCACUAGUUCCAGCCACUAUCUUCUCCGGCGACGACUCUUCAAGAGAUCAUCCAAACCACCCUUCAUCUACAGAGAUCGUUUAACUUGUGCAGCAGCAGCAGCAGCAGCUUCUUCUGGCGUGAGUCCUUCUCAUGAUGAUGAUGAGAUUAUUCUAAACGUCGGAGGAAUGAUGUGUGAGGGAUGCGCUUCCAGCGUCAAGAGAAUACUCGAAAGCCAACCACAAGUGUCUUCUGCUACUGUUGAUCUUGCUGCACAAAUUGCAGUUAUACACCCACAUGUAUCUGAAACCACUCAACUGCCCCCAAACCAUUUAUUAUUAUUAGGACAAACUCUUGCCAAACAUUUAACCAAUUGUGGAUUUCCAUCAUCUACUCUUCUUCAAGGUUGAAGCUGCUAAUGGAGGGAGUGUGAAGGGAGAAGAGUUUAUCCAUUGAAAUCUUCUUCAUCAAGUUCUAAGAA